UUUUGUUCCGCAGAGACCUCCUUCUCCAAAUUAUUGAAAAUGAAUGCACCGCCCACUUUUGCACGCAGUAAUACGACGUUACGUCAGUCGCCGUGAGCUGCACGAAGGUUAGUUAUGGCAUCUACGGGGUAUUUUGGUGACGGUCCGCCGAUGCGCGAGCGUGACUCGUACUUCACUGAGGUCAUCAGCCAGAGCAUGCGCGUGCCCGAGCGGCUGAGGGUCGGUCCAGCCCCUAACGCGCACGAACCUGCAGACCAAAGACCUGAAGAUCUGCCUGCUGCCUACAGCAUGCAUAUACCAGACAGACUGGCCUUAACAGAUGCUCCUGAUAUGAGUCCACGACCUCUUUUCUCCAAACACACUUCAUCAAUGUGGGACCUGCAGCACAGAUCCUGGGACAGGGAGGCUUUCAUGAGAGAGCCUGUUCAGAGUCCACUUCGCAGGUCUUAUAGUGACCAGGCCUUUGGUCGAACCCCACCUGGAACCCCCACACACUCCAGACAAACACUCCGCUCCCAGUCUCCCCGCAGUGUUGGACAUCCACCUGUCGUGCAUACAGACCAGUCCCCGCCAAUGCCCCCAGGGCAUCCCUCCAUCCCACCCAACCUGCUGUCCCCACAGAGCAUGCUGCAGGCCGCCAAGGAGCUGGGCCAGCAGGCGUCUCAGAAACUCCUCCAGAGUGUCACCAAAAAGUACUCCUCCAGGUUUGGUUACCUGGAAAACAAUCCCUCUCAGGCUGUGGAGGUUCAACCUGAUCAGAGCAGAACAAGUGCCUCGCAGGAGUUCUGGCUCAGUCCUGAAGAGGACACUGGUACUGCUGUUGAGUUCAUGGUGCUCCGCAGACAGGUGGUAAAGAUGAGCAGGAGGAUAGCAGGUCUGGAGAGACAGAACGCAGAGCGCAGACAGACGGAGCUGGUGCUCUUCUCUCUAUUACUGUCUGCCUGUCUGAUCAAUGGCUGGCUGUGGAUGCGCAGAUGACGGCUCACCCUCACAACACUACAAGAGCACCAGAGCCUGGGAAGUACAAAACUGUGCACAUAUUUGUGUUACAGUGAUUUACAUGGAUACAUUUGUUCCAUCUCAAUUAUGUUAAACCGCUCCUAUAGAGGACUGUCUUCAGAAUGAGGCAUAAGUGUUUGCACCAUCGAAUAUAUGUGCAUUGUAUGAUCAUGGUAGUGACAUGGGUCACUUUGGUCUACAAAUGAUUUGAGGGAACUCGAGCAUGUUUUUCUCACAGAUGAUGUCAUUAAGUAAUGCUGUCUCUCUUUGGCUCUUUUGAUCAGGCUAAUAGCUAGUAUGUUUUGUAUUGGAUUUAUUCUGCAAACUAUGUAAAUGAGAUUUUUCUGCAUGCUUUACAAGCCUUACAGGUUUUGUCCUCAAUCUUAAUGAAAGUAUAAAUUAGGGUUUUUUAUUUAGUUUUCUUUUUUCUUCCAAUUAGGCAUUUGAAUAGCCUUCAUCCAUUUUAAUGCAUUUGCCUAGCCUGAUGAAUGUAUAUUUAAAAUAAUAAAAAUUCUCAGAUCCCGCUUUC